ACCUUCAAAUCUUCCAUCCAGAACACCAGCCCAGGCCUCCAGUCAAAAUUGAGCAACACCCCAAAUAGCUAGUAUCACCCAUUGCUAAUUUUAUCCCUCUUCCAUUGCGCCACUCGAGCUCUGAGUCGAGGUGGUUCGCGAUCAAUGGAUAUCCUCGUCUCCGCAAUCGUAGGCGACCUCAUCAGCAGGUCAGCUUCGUUCGUGAUCAGCAAAUACUUCCAGCAGCAGCCUGGCAUCGACAGGAUUCUGCGGAGGCUACAGAGUGUCCUACUGAGAAUCGACAUCAUCGUCGAGGAGGCCGAGGCGCGGGACAUCACCAACCAGGGGAUGCUCCGUCAGCUCAAGAUGUUGAGGCAAGGAAUGUACAGAGGCCGCUACGUUCUCGAUGCCUUGAGCUUCCAAGCUUCCCUCGACGAGAAGGAGGGGGAGGAGGAGAUGAGCCACUCCUCAUCUGCACUGUCUAAAUGCAGUUCAAUCAAACGCCUUCGUUUCUCUCGCACACGCGGUGGUAGCAGCAACAGAGAAGCACUGUUGUUCGGCACAAACAGCAACAUGCGAGAAGAGCUGCAACGGAUGGUGGACACCCUUGAAGACAACGUGGCUGGUAUGAAGGAGUUUCUUUUCUUCUUGCAGUUAUAUCCUCGCAUCCUCCGCCAACCUUAUGGCACGUAUUUGCUAUUGGACAACUGCAUGUUUGGUCGCCAAACUGAACGGGAACGGGUCCUGAAUUUCUUGAUGUGUCCUACUCAAGAUUUGGCUGUACUUCCGAUCGUUGGUCCAAUAAGAGUAGGGAAGAGCACUCUUGUUGAGAAUGUCUGUAGGGAUGAGAGUGUGCGUGAUCGCUUCUCGAUGAUCCUCUUCUUUCCAAAAGGCAGUCUCAAGGAUGAAGGAGUGAUCAACCUGAGAGAAAACAAUAUUAAAUUCAGGCAUCAGAAUUUUGCUUCUCGAAACAGGUUCCUGAUUAUUAUUGAACUAGCCAAGGAUAUUAACGAGGAAACAUGGAGAAGGAUGAAAUCUUCCGUAACCUGCAUGACACCUUGUGGCGGGAGCAAAAUCAUAAUUACCAGUCGGUCAGAUAGAAUUCUGGAUCUGGGAACAACGGAAGCACUUCGACUGGACUAUAUCUCUCAAGAAGCUUAUUGGCAUUUUUUCAAGUCAAUUGCAUUUGGAAGUAUAAAUCCUGGCGAGCAUCCAAAACUGGCAACUAUGGCUAUGGAGAUCGCUUUGGAACAGAGACAGUGUUUCAUAAGCGCGCAUGUUGUUGCUGGGUUACUGCAACAUAACUUCAAUGCUCAAUUCUGGUGCGCAGUUCUUGAAUGUGUACGAGCAAGUAAACAGACAAAUCUCCUUAUGUUUGACCAUAACCCAUACCUUCGUUUGCGGGAAGAUGCACCGGUGUAUUGUUGGAGAUUGGUGAAGAGCCACAGAUAUUUCAUGCUUUGCAACUAUCAUCAGUCAGAUUCCAGUGAGAAUGUCCCUAAGAUCAAUCUGCGGGACAUUCUCUUAGGAUGUGGUGGUACACUACCCUGUGGAGAAUUUGAGGCUCUUGCAUGGAGGUCUCGCAUACCGCCCUACUACAACUACACAAUAAGCUGUAACAUGCAAGCACCAGAACUUACCGUGGGAAGGAAGAAGCGUGUGCAUCAAGAGGAAGAACAUUUUAUUUGAGCACCAGAACAUACCGACUCUGCGUGGGAAGGAAGAAGCGUGUACAAGCGUGUGCACCACAAUAUGAUGUAUGCUACCAUGUUGUCCUGUGAAUUAGGGAAUAUUAUUACUCUGCCUUAAUUAGGAGUCUUGCUAAAUUAGUUAACAUAUAUGUCUAUUAACAUGUAGGCAUGGAGGACUUCUAUCCUAGUAGCAAAAGUUUGCAUGUCAAGUACAUUCUGGUUGUGUUUGGGCAAGUACUUUCAGAAUCAAAACAAUGUUUGCAUUGCCGGUUAAAUCAGAGUCCAAGAUAAAAUGUAUUUAUAAAGUUGAGUGCUCGAGUCCAUAUCCGAUUGAUCUGGAUACUAUGGGUACUGUAUAAACCUAAG